AUGGCAACUCUUAAAGGCCCGGGACAAGCUGAAAAUCAUCAUGGCGCAAACCUCCGUGUCGCCAUCGUCCAUGCUCGCUGGAAUAGCCCUAUAAUCGAAGCUCUAGUUGGCGGCGCAAAGAAAAGGAUGCUCGCGCUAGGUGUUAAGGAGGAAAAUAUUAUCAUAGAAAGUGUCCCGGGGAGCUACGAAUUGCCCUUUGCGGUCCAAAGAAUUUAUACAGCAUCGCACGUGCAGGCAGCUUCAAUCGCCUCUGGGACUGUGGGUAGCGCGACUACCGACCUUUUAUCUUCGCCUACCUCAGAUCCCAGAAAGCUUACUCCCGCGGCAGGCCCGAAUCCUGAUACCAUGAGCCCACAGUUGGCCCCUGCAGCAACACCCUUUGAUGCAAUAAUCGCCAUCGGCGUGCUUAUCAAAGGGGAGACAAUGCAUUUUGAAUAUAUUGCCGAUGCAGUUUCGCAUGGCCUGAUGCGUGUCCAACUUGACACUGGUGUUCCCGUUAUAUUCGGACUACUGACCGUGUUGACGGAGGAGCAAGGCCUAGUGAGAGCAGGGAUGGUGAAGGAUAAAGCUGGAAAUCAGCACAAUCAUGGGGAGGAUUGGGGUAGCGCGGCGGUUGAGCUUGGCGUCAAGAGGAAAGCUUGGGAUGGGGGAAGGCUAGCUUAA